AUGCAGGCUCCUUCUACCACAGAAAAUACAUUGGAUAGUCUAUGGUCCAGAUCCUCAUUACUGCGCUUGUCCUCUCCUACAACGUCAACAUCAACAUCAACAUCGUCUCCACCAUCUCCAUCAUUGCCACAAUCACAAUCACCAGAUGUAUAUGCAACUAACUUGUCGUCGGAUAUCAACCAAACUUGUAUAACUGUUAGAAUCAAUAACAGUAAUUGGGUCUACAGCUUCAACGACAAUGUAGCUUUACUUUCAGAUACAGAUUAUGAUAUAUUGGAUCAUCAUGUUUCAAAUAUUCAUGAACCACUAACUGAGCAUAAUGACUCUUUGCUUAAUGGAAAUUUAUUAAACUAUACUCAUAAUACGAAAAAUACCUUCCCUUCACAACCUGAAUUCAAUUCAUCAACCUCAUCAUUAGACUUAUCCGUUGAUGAACCUUGCAACACUCUUCCCAUUUUCCCACCCUUAAGGGAAUCAUCUCCCAACACAUUUGUUAACUCGAUCCAGAAUCCAAUAAAUUCGAAUACUAACGAAACAAAUCUGUUUUUAAAUGUCACCUUGACAAAUUCCUAUAUGUUAAAUGUAAGCCCAUUGUCAAGUUUAGUCUCAACUUCGAUUGAUGAUAUAUUGGAUACUCUUAAUAUCAAUUCCCAAAAAAAAAAUAGUAGCUCAAUUCACACACGUUGUCAAAGUAUCAAAUUCACAGGAUUCUCAAAGGAAAGGUGUAUUCUAAUCAAAAACUUGACUGAGAAGGGGAACAUAAACCAUAAAUUUGUUGACAAGAUUUUGCUGCUCGUACAUUCUAAAAACCUAAUCUUAAAAUUUAAUAUUCUUAAAAGCCUAAUACAAACACCUUGUAAUUUCUAUUCAGUUAACACAUGUGAUCUUUUAUCAAAUUGGAAUUUGAUUGUUGAUUGGAACUUUUCUGAUGGAGACACAUUUAAUGUGAAAGAACUCAACAUCAUAAAUGAUCAUAACACUUAUUAUUUAUACAAAUAUUUUAUGUCCGAUUUCUUGAAAUUGCUAUCCAUCAUUGGUUCGAUUACCAAAUUCAUUUUAGGUAAUGAUUCGGAAAUUGAUCCACAUUUGGAGGAAUCUCGUCUACUCGAUUUUCACAAAUCACUAGAUAAUGACGUUGUUAAGAUUGUUAAAGAGCAUUGUCUGCUUGAAAUCUUGGACGCUAACUCCCUUCAUGAAAUGGUUUUUUUCCUUUGGAAAACUGAAUUUCCACUCGCUUGUGAAUCUUUCAGUUCCUUGUGA